AUGAGCAGUAGUGGAGGUGUAUUGGCUGACCGUAAUCGACUUUCAUCUCAAUCAUCAACAUCAACAACUUGUCGUAAUUCGCUAAUUCCUCCAGAAAACGUUAUCAACGAAUCGGAAUUUCCAUCCUUAGGAGUGCGCUCCUCACCGUCCUCAACGUCCUCUGCAUUUAAUUCCCUGCCGACCACUAGUAAUUACUCCUCUUCACCACCUGUACCACAAAAUCAUCUUUAUUCAAAAGACGUCUAUAAUGCUCUACAGCGAGCCCCUUACGCGAAUUUGAUGCGAACAAGCGAUGGGAAUUCGCUAUCGACACAGAACGUCGAGUUCCGUAUCCAGAAUGAGGACUUUCCCGCACUACCUGGUGCCAAUCAUCUGGAGAAUAGGCAAACUCAUACGAACAACGCCGAUGCAUUUGCUUCAGAAACAAGGUACUCUGAGAGGUCGAACACUGAAACGAAAGCAGGUAUCCAAACAUUUCCGGACGGCACUGUGAAGAAUAUCCCAGCAGGCAUGUUGAGUGACCAAUUUGGUAUGGCUGGAUUAUUGACGUUUUUGCGUGCAAUUGAAAGUGAUCCUGCUAUUGUUGCACUUGCUCUUGGUCAUGAUUUGACAACUCUGGGAUUGAAUCUGAACUCCACUGAAAUAUCGAAUCUAAUAUCAAAACGGAAUAUAGGCGAAAUAUUUAUGCAACGUUUGGAGGACCGUGGGCAGAUUAUCCAUGUCGGAUACAGGAUCUGGAAGCAAAGGCUGGUGCCGGAUGAAUAUUUAACGAAUGCUUCGAUUCGAGAUAAGCUGCCGAAUAUCAAAUUGAGCAAGCUGUCGGAGGAUGUGUUGUUCUACCUCUUUUAUAACUGUCCAGGCGAGGUUUACCAGGUCGCCGCUGCUAGUGAGCUGUACAGUAGGGAUUGGCGGUUUCAUAAAAGUCAACGUGUAUGGCUAACGCGAUCACAAUAUGGAGGUGUCAAGGAGCAGACAUCAACAUAUGAAAAAGGGUCCUACAAUGUUUUCGAUCCUGUACAAUGGCGAAAAAUACCGAGAGAUAUGACAUUGGAAUAUAAAGAACUUGAAGAACGACCGAAAUUGCCUCAGUCUUUGCAGCAGUCAGGUCAGUCACAAGUUGCGCAAUCAUCCUCUACAGCCUCGUCGCAAAAUGGUUCAUAG